UGCCCGGGCUCCCCAGGGCGGCCCCAGACCCGGGGUGCCCUGAGUCACUGGGCGCUCCCCACUGGGUCACCUGGCACUCCCCACCGCCCUGUUUUUUCUGCCCAAACCGGGCACUGGGUUUCCCCUGCACCAUCUCCAGGGCCCUCCUUGGAGAAGCGGACACAGGAGGCUACAAGCGCAGGCUGAGGAGCGGGAGGUUGGCGGUGCCGUGGCUCCCUCUCACCCCGGAGAUUUGUACUUUUCGUUGAAGGGCCCGGAGCUGUGUUCGGUGCUUCCAAAGUCAGUGCUGAGCUUUGGAAGACUGUGAACACAGAGUCUCUUAGCAGCAGAGUGCUUAAAUGUGGUUUUACAGCGCACACGGGAGAACCCCGAUGAGAGCAGAGAUCGCUCGCAGCUGGCUAUGCCAGUGCCCAGAGCUUUAGGGCUUGUUUGCAUUGGCGCUCGCAUUGCCAGGUUCCAUCUUUGUGUCUUUACGUACCCUAAUCUAUGACUUUACUAGGUUUUUUACUGCCGUGCACCCGGGGUUUCCUCCCCCUGGGGCGGAGGUGGGCAGGUGGGGGCUCACUGCCAAGCCCUGACGUUGGGCAGCUCCCCGGGACUGCUCUGUGAUGCUGGGCUCUGUGUUUGGGCUCAUGAGGCUGGAUUUACUGCUCUGCAGGGUCUUUUCUGGUGCUCUGUUCCUGCAGAUUUUAAAGGCAAUGAGAGAAGCUGCCAGUGAUGCAACACUGUUUAAUGAUGCCAUUUAUGGUGGCUUUUUUAUUUAGUUAAUGCAGAUAAAGCGGCUCUGCAAUCUUGCCUGUUCAUUAGUAUUUCACAUCUAUGUUUUAUGCUUAAUUAUUUUGUAUCCUGCAAACAAAUGUUAAACUGAGACCUUAAGUUCUUCAAGAAGAACUGGGAAUUCUUUGGAUAAGAUACUAUCCAGGACAGGUAUUUCAGAGGGAGUAGUUUUCUCCUUUUUGUUUCGAGACUUUCUGAAGAAAGCAGCCUUUCCAGGGAACUGGCUUUCUGCAGAAUACUUCUGUCUCUGUGAUGCAUCUCCAGUAAUAUUUUAUUUAUUCUAGCAAAGGGUGAAAUCUUUCCAGCUGGUCAGCAUGUUUAGGAGAGACUUGAGACCUGAUUCUUGUUUCUUCAGCUUUCUGGCUGGUCUGUCCAGGAGUCUCCUUGCCUUUGCAGCCCUUGCCAAGAACCAGACUUCUAAAGGUUUUGCUCCCGUCACAAUUGAGACUUCAAGACACACGUAUGAAUAUGUGGCCACUGCUUUGGACUGGUGGCAAGCUGACAGGUACUGUGAGCAGCGCUUUGCUCAGCUGCUCUUUGAACCCCAGGACAGUGAGCAAGACUCUUUCAGCAAGCUACUGCAGUCCCACCACAUCAGAGGUUCCGUCUGGCUAAAGGAAAGGGACAGUGUCCUGCACAAAACAAAGAGGAGACGGGGCCAUACUGUACCAGUCCUGGUAUUCAGAGACAAAACAGACACAAAAUAUGUGAAGGUGCUCUCUGACUUCCCAGCACUGCCUGCUGUCACAGCCUGUGCCCACCUGCAGUGGGACACCAGGACCCAGGAGAUUGCUACCAUCUUCUCCUAUGCCGUGCCUGCUUUCAUUAAUGAGUUCCAGCUCCGUGGCUUUGUGGAUGAGGAAGGCUUUGUUCGGUUUGCUCUCAUAGUCCAUGGGCACCAUUCCCCUUACCUGCCUGUGUUCCGUGCUGACGGACAGUGGCAUCACUUCUGCGUGACCUGGCAGCAGGAAAAUGGGGCCUGGGCCAUCUAUGCCGAUGGGAAAAGGAGGGCAUCUGCCAGUGGUUUAUGUUCUGUGGGGCCGUCUGCCCCCCAGGCCAUCUUUGGCCAGGGGACCUUCAUAAUUGGGCAGGAUCAAGAUUCCCUGGGGGGCACCUUCAGGGCGAAGGAGUCCUUCAGUGGCAACAUCACUGACUUGCACAUCUGGCAGAAAGUCCUCGGUGCUGAGCAGAUUGAGAAAGUUCGCUCGUGCUGGGUGGUAGAGCAAGACCUUGUUUUUGGGUGGAGCUCAAACGCUCUGGAGGUAGAGAGCACCGUUCAGGCAGUGACCAUGCAGCUUCUUUGCCCAGGGCCUGUUGAGGAAUGCAGAGUUUUGGAAGUUGGCAGCCGUGGAUUCAGUUAUGCAUCUUGUUUGCAGACUUUGCCUUUCAUCUGUCGCUACAGCAAGGAUGCGUACUGGCAACUGAAAAGAGCUCAGCUGGAGUCCAGUCACUCGCUCGCCAGCCGUGUGAACACCCUUGCAGUAAGGACUGUGAUUCCUGUCAGCGUCUUCACCAGUGAUGUGCAAGACAUGAACCUCUCUGUGGCUCUAGAUGCUCUUGAUGUCUUGGCAACUGUUCUGAGAGAAGGAGAACUGCCCAAGCUUGAGCCACCUGACCUCCUUGCAGUGCUUCAAUUACUAAAGCAAGUUUCAGAUAUAGAAGUCCAGGAGGGAGAUGAGCUGGAGCUGUUGGAGCAGUUGGGCCAGUAUUACACAGAAAUAACUGAGUUAAUUCUGGAAGAGCAGAAUACUGGGACAUGGUCAUCGAUCAGCCAGGUUAUCAGGGGGCCCAUGGCUGUUGUUGAACUCUGUGACAGAAUGGUGUCACUCUUGGUCCCACUGCUGACCGCAGAGAGGACAAAGAUCACGAUCCAACACGGGAAUGUUGGUCUCCACAGAGUCACAGUGAAGAACAUGUGGUUUGGCUACGGCUCCCUGCAGCACUGCCUGUCCAGCACCGGCGCCAGUGCUGUGUCCCAGGACAUGGCUGCCUCUGACAGGGGACAGAAGUACCUGAGCACCACAGUGGGCACAGCUGUGAUCUCAUCCACUCUGCUCAGUGACUACCAGGAGAUCAGCACGUCCGUGCGCUACAGCCUGCAGCACCGUGUCCAGGACCUGCCCAAUACUCUGGUGGGGCCCAUCUGUGCCUUCUGGAACUUCAGCCUCAGCCCAGAUGCUGGUGGGAUGUGGUCCACAGCCGGCUGCUCUGUGAUGAUGUCUCUCCCAGACUCCACUGCCUGUUUUUGCAACCACACCACGAAUUUUGCCAUCCUGCUGCAGGUGUACGAGAUGCAGACGACCACCAAGGAGGAGUUCACACUGCAGACUUUGACUUUUAUUGGAUGUGGAGUUUCCUUCUGUGCCUUGAUAGUCACCCUCAUUUUAUUCUUGGUAGCUCGCGUCCCCAAGAGUGAACGAACAACUGUGCACAAGAACCUGAUCUUUGCACUGGCUGCAGGAGAAGCUCUGCUCAUGAUCAGUGAGUUGGCCAAGACCAACCAGGUGCUGUGUUUCAUGGUCACUGCCUUCCUGCACCUCUUCUUCAUGGCAGCCUUCUCAUGGAUGCUGGUAGAAGGGCUUCUCCUCUGGAGCAAGGUGGUAGCAGUCAACAUGAGCGAAGACAGGAGAAUGAAGUUCUACUACGUGAUAGGCUGGGGGCUUCCAGUCCUUAUCGUGGGGGUGACCCUUGCGACUUCCUUUAACAAGUAUGUGGCAGCCAACCAUUGCUGGCUGAACGUGCAGACCAACAUCAUCUGGGCCUUUGUGGGGCCUGUGCUCUUCAUCCUGGCUGUGAACACCUUCGUGCUGCUCCGGGUGGUGGUGGUGACUGUGGCCAGUGCCCGCAGGAGAUCAAAGAUGCUGACGCCCAACAGCAGCCUGGAGAACCAGAUUGGAGCACAGAUCUGGGCCAUGGCCAAACCUGUCCUGGUGCUGCUGCCCGUGCUGGGGCUCACCUGGGUGUGUGGGGUCCUCGUCCACCUCAGCAUCGUUUGGGCCUAUGUCUUCAUUGUGCUGAACUCCCUUCAGGGCCUGUACAUAUUCCUGGUCUACGCAAUCUAUAACAGCGAGGUGAGGAAUGCCAUCCAGAGGAUGAAGGACAAGAAGAGAGCCCUGUCGUUCACAAACUGCUCUCAUCCCACCAACUACAUAUCAAGUCCAAGAAACACGACCUCCUGGGACACAGGGAAGCUGAGGCCUGCAGCUGAGAGUGCCCUGCCAAGCCCUGUGCAGAAAGACCCUCCAGUGAAGAACAUCACCAACAAAGGAAACUUUGGAGCCAAAAUUCCCAUUGGAAUUUCGUCAAUUAUGUCACCCGAGAGACCGGCCGUAGAGCUGACAGCGUUCAAAUCCUCAGGUUUCUGAGAAGUUUCUGGGCGACAAGACUACAAUGCAGAGGGUCCUCCAGCAGGAAGGAUAGCAGGUUGGAGGAGCUGUCUUCCCUUGGAGAGCUUCCAGGCCGGGCAGAGCUGUCACCCUGCUCUCCUUCCCAGCACCACAUGCAGCCAAGCCGAGGCAGGGGCAGUGUGAGGUCUCAUGGGGCUUCAUCUGCUGCUGACGACUGCCCUGCUCCUCUCCCGGGCGGGCACCCAACAGGCAGGUACUUGUGUUCUGGGGUCCCCACGGCUCCUGCAGCCUCUGCCAGGGAAGCCAAGGCUGGCCUGGAGCAGCACUGCCACCACUGCCCCACAUGCCUGCCGGCACCACUGGCAGUGCUUGAUUGUGUGCUCUCAUUGCUGCUGCCAGUAGAGUUUGUUUAGCCUGGGGGACCUGGAGCAGUGGGAUGGGAACAAGCCCAGCUUUGUUGUGGCAGCCGUGCCCACGUGGUGCCCACGCUCCCAUGCCAGUGAGAAUGGAAGCACCCCUGAGCUGGGGCACGGCUGGGGACGGGCUGUGUACGAAGCACAUGCACUAGGGAAGCCAGCAGCUGGCUUCAAGCCUUUUCUAAGCCAGCUGACAUCAAUAGCAUCUUCUGCGGUUUAGGACAAAAAUCCUCUCCCUGCUCCUGCUUGGGUUCAAGCCCGGCUGGCCUGGCCCCUCGCCAGCUGGGCGCUGCUUUCCUUCCCUCUUCUCCUCUUACCUCUGCAGUGUUUAGAACAUAGAAAAUGUGGUGGGUUUUUGCUGAUUAUGACAACAGUAAAUGCUGAUUUUAAAGACAA